GAAAACGGCGUGGAAAGGGAGGACGGUCGGCGGUACCGAGGGUCACAGGGAUGUACAGUAAACACAGGCAGAAAAAUGUCCAAAUAUCACCGGCAAAAUGUGGACGUUUGCUCGUUUUUCUUUAUUUUCUGUUGCUGAACGGCACACUGGACAGAGCCAGCGGAAACACCGGAGAACAAGGGCUGCGGGGGGAAAGGACGGUGAUGGCGCAGUGGCUCUCGCAAAGCCAAAGCAAAAGGGAGGCCGGAACCUCGACACAGGAAGAGUACCCAGCCAGAGGGGAAAUAGUGCUCUCAUCCGAUGACCUCCAUCUGGUGCUACAAGUGGAGCGCAAUCAGGAGCUUUUAGGUCCAGACUUUACAGAGACCUAUUACACAGAAGAUGGGCAGCCGGUGACUGUGUCAAACAACAAUUACACUGAUCACUGCUUCUACCACGGCCAUGUAAGAGGACAUCCAGAGUCCUGGGUCGCUCUCAGCACAUGCUCAGGAGUCAGGGGCCUGAUAUCCUUGAAUUCUAGUGACACCUACUACCUGGAGCCAAGCAGUGGUGUGGAUCCUCGCCACCAUUCACUGUGGAGUGCAGAGGAACUGCCAAUUAAAGGUGGAAACUGUGGACAUGGCCAUCACACCACACAGUCCAACCACAUCUCCGACCUGCUCAGACAGUUUCCCUCCAGGGUUAAAAGGAAUGCGUGGGGUACAACCAAGUACAUGGAGCUGUACAUAGUGGCUGACAACACACUGUUUAAGCGGCAGAAUAAGGACUAUGAAAAAACCAAGGCGAGGAUAAUGGAAAUUGCCAAUUACGUGGAUAAGUUCUAUAGGGCUCUGAACAUCCGUGUGCCUCUGAUUGGUCUGGAGGUUUGGACCGACAGGGAUCAGUGUAUCGUCAACGAGGAGCCAAACGCCACCCUCUGGUCCUUCCUCCAGUGGAGACAGAAGCUGAAAUCCCGCAAGAAACACGACAACGCCCAGCUGCUAACCGGUGUGAUUUUCAAGGGGACAACUAUCGGGAUGGCACCGCUGGAGGGGAUGUGCAGCCUGGAAAACUCUGGAGGCAUCAACGUGGACCAUUCGGAGCUGCCCAUCGGCGCUGCGGCCACCAUGGCCCAUGAGAUCGGCCACAACUUCGGCAUGAGCCACGACCAUGACGGCUGCUGUGUGGAGGCCACCGCUGAGCAGGGAGGCUGCGUGAUGGCUGCCGCCACCGGGCAUCCAUUCCCACGCGUCUUCAGCCGCUGCAGCAAACGUGACCUGGACAGCUACUUCCAGAAGGGAGGGGGCAUGUGUCUGUUCAACAUGCCCAACAUGAAGGACCUGGUGGGGGGCAAGAAGUGCGGCAACGGCUUUGUGGAGGACGGAGAAGAGUGUGAUUGUGGAGAACCUGAUGAAUGCACCAAUGAUUGCUGCAAUGCCAAUAAUUGCACCUUGAAAGAGGAGGCUCAGUGUGCCCAUGGAGUGUGCUGCGAGGGCUGCAAAUUGAAGCAGUCAGGUACCAUGUGCCGGGGGCCAGCGGGGGCGUGUGACCUGCCAGAGUACUGCACCGGGGCCUCUCCUUACUGUCCUGCCAACGUGUACCUGCUGGACGGCUCCGCCUGUCAGUACGGAGUGGCCUACUGCUACAACGGCAUGUGCCUCACCCACGAACAGCAGUGCCUGCAGCUCUGGGGCUAUGGAGCCCGACCGGCCCAUGAUGCCUGCUUUGAAGAUGUCAACGCAGCAGGGAACGCUUUUGGGAACUGUGGGAAAGAUGAACAUGGCAACUACAUGAAGUGUGAGAAAAGUGAUGCAAAGUGUGGUAAAAUCCAAUGCCACAGUGCUGCCAAGAAGCCCAAAGGCACCAACGCCGUGUCCAUUGACACCACCAUCAAGACGGACGGCAUCGAGGUUAAGUGCCGCGGCACCUACGUUUACAGCACCCAGGACGGCCAGGGCGACCUGCCCGACCCCGGCCUCGUCAUGACCGGCACCAAGUGCAGAGAGGGCAAGGUGUGCAGAGACCGCCGAUGCCAAAAUGGCUCUUUUACCGAGCUGGAGACUUGCAUUGCACGCUGUCACGGAAAAGGGGUGUGUAACAGUAAUGGGAACUGCCACUGUAAUCGCGGCUGGGCACCACCCUUCUGUGAGAAGCAAGGACUCGGCGGCAGCGUGGACAGCGGACCUGUCCAGUAUGACAGUCAGGUGGGGCUGGUGGUGGGGCUGCUGUUUGCCUUCUUAUUGAUCCUACCGGCAGUGCUGCUGUUCUUCUACUGCUACAGGAUCAAGACCUCCUAUUACCAUAAGUGGCUUUCCCAGCGAGAGAAGAACAAGACCAACAAGAUGGAGGCAUCGGUGGAGAAAGGGAAGAAUGGCCAUCUGAAUCCUGCCUUUCACCUGAAGGUGGUCGGACCAAUCAACAAAGCUAGUAGCCAUAAGGGGCUUCCUCACACCAGCAAAGAGGUCCUGCCUCUCAGACCGGGCCCUGCGCCCAAUGGUACCCAGCCAGUCAACAUUGUGCGACCUUUGAGACCCACCCAGUCUCCCCAGGGUGGUACCCGGGACGUCAAGGUGGUACGCCCGCCUCUGCCAGCUGGCAAACCCCCGGUGGCCCCACUCAAAUCCCCUGCAACCCCACAGAGACUCAGCCCGCCCAAGAAACCACUGCCCCUCAACCCGACACGAUCUCCACUGGAAGUGGUCUGUAAAAGACAAGGACAUUCAGCAGAACAAGCCAAGAGAGAAUACCAGUACCUACCUGUAGCUGACAUUACUACAGCCCAUUUGAUGAGCUUCGAGAGGUUAGUGUCUGAGCUGCAGCCCAGACUGUCCCCCUUCCCUCCUCAGAGGCCUCUCCCCCUCAGCCCAGCCAGAGGAGCCUCCCCCACAGUGAGUCCAGCCCGUACCAUGGUGUCCAAACCCUCCACGGGCCUGCUGGUCAUGAUGCCCCCGGCAGUGGGACCCAAACCUGUGGGAAAAGUCUCAGCCAUCCCCCCUCUCAGAGUUCUCAGACCGGUCCCAGGUGCCAAACCAAACACAGCCUCGCCUCCAACACGAAAAUGACCUUCUGCUCCCCCCUGACAGCCUAUUUGCACUAAGGAGACUUUGGCUGGUAAACCACAGAGUUGUCGCACAUACUACAGGAGGGCGAAGACAAAGUUAAAACCAGACGAACAAGCAGGACUCUUACCAGUUCAGACUUCAAAACGAAACCUUACCCCCUCCCCCCCCCCCCCCACCAUUCUCAAUUUUGACCCUCUCCACCCGCCUUCUCCCAGCGAACCAACAAUAACCACAACGACGCGGUUUUGCACGGAGGCCUUGCAGACUGAGACAUGUGUUAUCGCUGGGAGGCGGUCACAUUUGCCAAAUCAAUUUUUUUAGGACUAUUGUUUGUUUUUUAAUAUGUUAAUGCUGUCUGUGUAUAAAAAAAAAUGCAUUUUGUAAUGACUGUUGUUUUGUUUACAGUUUGUUUUUUGUCACUUUUUAUGAUUUAUGUUAUGUGCCAAAGAGGUCUCUUCAUACCUGGGGUGUGUCCCGAAAACGCUUGAAAAUCUUCUUAUGUCACGUGAAGUUUACCGCAAGUCAACUCCUCCGUAUUUUUUAGGUUUUAUAAUUUAUUGUAUUGUAUGAGGAUUGUCUUAACAUACAAAUCUGGAGAUACAGUGGUCUAUUGGGAGGAAGGAGAGCCAAUCACACAGCAGCUUCUUUUUUAACACUGUUUACAUGGUGGAGGAUUGAUGGAUACUUGGGACUUGCAGGACACACCCCGGUCGCUCAUGUUGAUUUGAAUGUCUUUUGCUGUGCGUUAUGACUUUUGAAUUGUUACAUAAAAUAUUUUUACAAAACUA